GGGAAGGCAACAUUACUUAUUUCUCUGUGAGCACAUAAUAUUAGUGUGUGAAAUAGCAGAAAUACAGUCCCAAAAAAAGAAAGAAAAAUAUAGAAAAAGAAGGCCCAACCAGCAUAAGCCACAUCAAGAGUGAAAUAGCUUGAGAUAGAAAGAGAGAUCCAGAGAGUUGCGCCGUUGGAUCUCCUCGGAAUCCGUCCGCUGUUAUCUGAGGAUUGAGUCAUCUGUCCAUGGCUCUGGUUGGGCAUCCACUCUUACUUCUUCUGAUCUCCUCCUCACUUCUAUGCCUCACACACGGUGGGAGGGAGAAUUUCUGGAGGGAUAAAUACCCAUUCAUAAAAUACGCAGGCUCGUACUCUUCCUCGGGGGCAUCCUCGCCGUCGGCGUCGAACGCCGCCGUGGGUGGAGGAAGCAAGGCGUACGAUUACAUCAUAGUGGGCGGCGGGACGGCGGGGUGUCCCCUGGCGGCGACUCUGUCGGAGAAGUUCAGUGUUCUGCUGCUGGAGAGGGGCGGGGUGCCGUUCGGGAACGCAAACGUGUCGUUCCUGGAGAACUUCCAUAUAUCGCUGGCGGACACCUCGCCGUCGUCGGCGUCGCAGGUGUUCGUCUCCACCGACGGGGUGUACAAUUCGAGGGCGAGAGUUCUCGGGGGUGGUACCGCCAUUAAUGCUGGCUUCUAUACUAGAGCUAGCCCAAGUUUUAUCAAGGAAAUGGGAUGGGAUGCAAAUGUGGUGAAUGAAUCCUACCCUUGGGUAGAGAAGCAAAUUGUACACAAACCAAAGGUGACAUCUUGGCAACAAGCCUUCAGGGACGGUCUCCUGGAAGCCGGCGUUUCCCCUUUCAAUGGCUUCACAUACGAUCACAAGUACGGGACAAAGGUCGGCGGGACAACCUUUGACAGGUUCGGCCGCCGCCACACCGCGGCCGAACUGCUGUCCACGGCCAACCCGAGGAACCUCGAGGUUCUCGUCUUCGCCACCGUUCAAAGAAUCGUGUUCGACACGUCGGGAAAGAAGCCGAGGGCGAUCGGGGCGAUCUUCCGGGAUGAAAAUGGAAAUCAACACCAAGCUUUUCUUUCAAGGAAGAAAGGGAGUGAGGUUAUAGUGUCGAGUGGGGCCGUAGGGAGCCCUCAGCUUCUGUUGCUGAGUGGGAUCGGACCAAAGGCUGAGCUGGAAAGGCUGAAAAUUCCGGUGGUGUUUGAUAAUGAAAACGUGGGGAAGGAGAUGGCUGAUAACCCUUUGAACACAAUCUUUGUUCCUUUGAAACAUAAUGUUCCGCCAUCUCUUAUACAGACAGUGGGAAUCACUAAGGUGGGAGUGUACAUUGAGGCUAGCAAUGGGUUUGGGCAGUCCCAAGAUAGCAUUCACUGUGAUCAUGGUAUCACUUCAGCAGAGAUAGGACAACUUUCAACCAUUCCUCCAAAGCAAAGAACAAAUGAAGCAAUUGAAGCUUUCAGGCGCAGCAAGAAGAAUCUCCCCCAUGAAGUAUUCAAAGGAGCUUUCAUACUAGAGAAGCUUGCACGACCCUUAUCAAGAGGACAUCUUAUGAUCAAAAACACCAAUGUUGAUGACAACCCUUCUGUCACAUUCAACUACUUCAAUCAUCCCGAAGAUCUCAAGAAAUGUGUCGAAGGAAUCCGCAUUGUCGAGAAGAUCGUGAAGUCCAAACGCGUCACAAAUUAUGCACAAUGUGAUAAGGACACACUGGACAAGUUGCUCAACAUGAGUGCCCAGGCUAACGUUAACCUCAUACCUAGACACACAAAUGAUUCCCGGUCUCUUGAACAGUUUUGCAAAGAUACUGUCGUCACAAUAUGGCACUACCACGGUGGAUGCCGUGUGGGGAAGGUCGUCACACCCGAUUAUCGAGUUCUCGGUGUCAAUAGAGUCCGCAUUGUUGAUGGCUCCAUCCUCUCCGAAUCUCCGGGCACAAAUCCUCAAGCCACCCUCAUGAUGAUGGGCCGGUACAUGGGGGUGAAGAUAUUAAGAGAGAGAUUAGGAGAAUAAAUAGUGGUGGUUUGCAGAGAAACGUACACACCUGGAUGUAGUAGCUGAUGAAUAGACUGGACAUUAUUAUUUUUUCCUCCCUUUCCCUCGAUCAUUUUAUUUGGCAUCAGUCAUGUUUGGGUUGUGAUUAACACAUGUAUGUUAUAUUAUUCAUUUUUAACUCUUACCAAGCGAUGUUAAUUCAGUGUAGUCUUUGGUCUGUACGUAGAGUAUGGUUGACAUAAUAAUAAAUUCAUUAUUAUGAUCAAUCGUGAUAUAUCUUGUUUUGAAAUUUGAACUUUGGACAUAUUUUAACGUUUGAUACUUGAUUCAUGGAGAAAGAGAAAAGGGGAAAUCGCACAUUCCCACUUGAAACAGAUAUGUAGAAUUAUUAUAAUGUAGUACCACCUAAGAGGGGAAUAAGUUUCUCA